UGUGAAUAUUUUCUGGUUUCUUUAGUCCUGUAUGAAAGUAAACUGAAUAUCUUUGAGGAAGUCAGCUUGGACUUAAGGAAACAAUGAAUUGAUUAAUUGAGAAAAUAAUCAACAGAUUAAUCGAUAAUGAAAUAUUCGGUAGUAACAUAUUAAGGGGAACAAAUGAAAUAAACAUUCACAAAAAACGUCUGGAGCUGCUCAUAUUAUCAAGAGAUCCUGCUCGAUAUAUUUCAGUUCAGCACAAAAGUCCUCCAACAAAAGCAUCUUUGUGCAGCUUAUAAUAUUAUAUUUGUUCACAUAAUCUGAACAAAAAAAAGCUUUUGUUGACACAGUCGAGACAAAAAAUGAGGGUGUCGUUUCAGGGUUAUGGAACUAGAUUGCAUUAGACUGUACAGGUGUUCCUGUUAUUGCACCUGUGACUCUCAGCUUAUUCCCCCAAAAUACAACACGAAUCAUAAACAUAACUGACAAUAUAACAGAAAAAGGACUAGUUCAGAGUAUUUUUUCCAUUCAGUUUUUAGGUUUGUUUGUUAUAUGUAAAUUUCAUGAGUAUAAGAAUUGAGUUUAGGGCUCUGCCAAUCAUUAACCUGCUCAAUCUCAUCAGCCCCCAAAUCACUUCCAGAUGUCAUGGCAACGUGACAGCUCACACAGUUGUGAAACUUCAUCUAAAGUUCAAGGUAUUGAGACGGGUUUGGUUUGGACUCUCUGUCAUUCUGCUCCACAGCUGCUCACCAGUGUGUUUGUCUGACAGGAGGCUGUUUAGAUUCAAAGAUCAGAGACAAUGGGUGACUGGGGUUUCCUGUCUAAACUGCUGGAUAAGGUCCAGUCCCAGUCCACCGUCAUCGGGAAGGUCUGGCUCAGUGUGCUGUUUAUCUUCAGGAUCAUGAUCCUUGGAGCCGGAGCAGAGAAGGUGUGGGGUGAUGAACAGUCCAAAAUGAUCUGCAACACCAAACAGCCUGGCUGCAAGAACGUCUGCUAUGACCACGCCUUCCCGAUCUCACACAUUCGAUUCUGGGUUCUCCAGAUUAUCUUCGUCUCAACGCCGACACUGAUCUACCUCGGUCAUGUCGCCCAUGUCGUCCAUAAAGAGAAUAAGCUAAGAGAAUAUAUGCAGACGCACUCGAGUGAAGUCGUCAAAGUUCCCAAGUACUCUGACGAAAAAGGCCACGUGAAGAUUAAAGGCAGACUGCUGGGAAACUACAUGACCUCCAUCUUUUUUAGGAUCGUUUUGGAGGUGGCGUUCAUCGUGGGGCAGUAUUAUCUAUACGGGUUCGUCAUGGAUCCGAGAAUCGUUUGCUCCAAAGCUCCCUGUCCCUUCACUGUAGAGUGUUUCAUGUCUCGACCCACCGAGAAGACCAUCUUCAUCAUCUUCAUGCUUGUAGUGUCAUGCGUCUCUCUUCUGCUCAACGUCAUGGAGAUCUUCUACCUGAUGUGCUCUCGCUCAUCCAGGAGAAAGUCUAAGACGGUGCCGGCAGCUGCUAUUGCUCUUCAUCCCCGUAUAAACGGUGACAGUCUGAUGAAAAAUGAGAAGUUCAGCCUCCAUGAUGCCAGUCACAGUACAGCCUGAGGGACACUUUAAAUAAAAAGAACUUACUAUUCCGUUAGACCGUGGCCCACAUGUGUAAAACUAAGAUUUAUUUAUUUAUUUGAUGUUUACAACAUUCCUGAAAAUUACACAAAUUUGGAGACGUACACGUAUUUAUGAAUAUCAAAUAUUUAAAAAUGCACAAGAUGAAUACAACAUAUGGCACAGUGUCACUGAAGCAAACCUAAAAUUUGUUAAGGACAAAAAUGAAGUCGUUUAGCUUGAAUGUUACGGACAUUCAUCUAUAUGUAAAAGUCCUGCACUGCAGCUUUAAUACCACAUGAGCCACUUUUGAAAUAUUGGCGCCCCCAAGUGGCAGAUUAGUAAUUGUGAUAGUUAACAUUCACAUUGGUCACUGUGUUGUGGCCGUGAUGCACAACUUGUCUUGACUGCAGAUAUCUUUGUUAUCUUUGUAAGAAUUUGCAAAAAGCCAUUUGGUAGAGCUUUUUUGUUCUUAAAUGUGUUUAAGGACUGGGCUACUUUUUAAAUCACUUUUUAAAAAAAUUGACAGCAUGGCUUUUAUAACUGUAAAUAUUUUGAUUAUAAAACAAUUAAGUUUUUCCAUGUUUUAUAUUUUCAAAUAACUGUAUGUGCCUUGUGUUUGUAAUUCACUGACAACAUAAUAAAUUUAUUAAGAAAAUAUUACAUAUGCUUGAAGUUUGAACUGCUGCAUCUUGUUCCAUCAUAA